UCAUGAGUAAAAAUAUUGUUGUUUUUACAACGGUUCUUCUUUUUCUCUUCUCUAUAGCAUAUGCAACUCCUGGAAUUGGAACAUUCUAUACGAGUUACACUCCAUCGGCAUGUUACGGAGGUAAGCAAGAGGGAGUGAUGAUAGCUGCAGCGAGUGAUACAUUAUGGGACAAUGGUCGAGUUUGUGGUAAAAAGUUCAGAGUGAAAUGCACAGGACCUCGCAACCCCGUGCCUCACCCUUGCACCGGAAAAUCCGUGACGGUCACAAUCGUCGACCAUUGUCCCAGUGGCUGUGCUUCCACCAUCGAUCUUUCACGAGAAGCUUUUGCUCAGAUCGCUAAUCCUGUCGCUGGGAUUAUUAACAUUGAUUAUAUUCCGGUCUAAACGUUGAUGAAGCUCUCUCGACGAAAAUACUUGUCUAGGUCUAGAAAAAUGUCCUAAUAGAAAUUGUACUGUCAUAAUGACUCAUGAGUUUGUAAUAGCACUUCAAAAUAUGAAUAAAAUUUGGAAAUUGUUUUA